AUGUGUAUAUAUACAGCAUGUUGUGUACAGCUAGUCUGCGACCAUUUCGGUAUUCAAUAUGUCGCGGUUUUUUCUUUUCUUUUGUUCGCUCGUUAACAAGGAUGAACCAUUUCUCUUGCCGCUGUUUUACUGUGUUGAAAAAAGACUAAAAUGUGACACUCAAGGAAUUUUAGACAGUAAAGCUUUCUAAAUUUGUCGUUUACAGAAAACAAGGAUACGCCUCACGGGCCGCUACAGAAUUAGCUGAGAGCACUGUAAACAAAGUACAUAUGGAACGCAAAACUAACUAGAUUUAAAUUGAAUUGUGCGUUGUUGCUUUUAUUUACAAAGAAACCAAAGGCUAAAUUGAUUAAUUAGCUUGUGGAGAUAAAGCAUGGACUGUGCCUAUGCAAAACGCUUGGUUGCAAACAAUGCAGUUUAUAUUUCCUCGUUGGUUUAAAACGUAAACACGGAUGUCUGCUCCGUUCAAGGGACGAACAAUUCAAACAAGAUAGAUAACUUUCUGACUUGCUCUCUUGAAUAUCACUUCUGUUUGUAUUCAAAAUUAUACACCGUUCUGCCAUUUUAAGACCUGUCCUCGAUUUCGUCUCUCGAAAUCUUCAUUGAUCUAACUUAUUGGCAGAUUUCUGAUUUCGAAAAAAAAAGAGUCUUUAGACACUUAAUUAACAGCCCAAUUUAGAUCGGGCGUUUUUCGAUCUUUUGCGACUGUUUAAUUGGAGAGGGGGUAACGAACUUUUGAGACCCUCACUCCUUAAUCUGUUAGAGCAUUAAUGACAAUGGAACUUUGCAGAUUUAUAGCAUUUCCAAAAAUAUUUCUUUUCAGGUACAUAAAUGACGUCAUAUAACGUAGGAAUGGCUAAUAAUUUCCAAAAAGCCGCCAUUUCUGUCAGCCAUCCUGGAUUGCGUGAUUUUUAUAAAGUGUUUGAAAACCACAAAAGCGGGCUCAAAGAUAGUCAAGACUGCUAAAAAAGCAAAAUUUCUCUAAAAAAGUAAAAGUUGAUGAAAAAAGUUAUAGAAUUUCAUUUAAAACUGGAAAAUUCAAAACUUUGAAAGACAUGCCUGUUAAAAUACGGUUCCUAUGAGGACAAUUUCCUAACCAUUGACAUGUCGUAUAAUUGCGCUUAAGUAAAUGUUAAGAAAAGUCUCUAAGGUUGAUGUUAAUUGCUUUAAAAAGAUCGCUUUUAAAGUUACAAGCGUUCAAAGAUGGCGAGGGCUCCAUUAGCAUUAAGUUAAUCGCUUCCAAAUCUAACAAAGAUUAUUUGUUCCAGGCAAAGUUGCUUCAAAAUCUAAGAUUUACCAAAGGUGGUUUGCAAUAUUUCCAGCUAAUCAUUUGCAAGCGAUAUUCACAUUUUUUGCAAUUGUCCAAAGCUUUGAUGAUUGCCCAAUUUUUGCAUGAGACAACUUCAAAUGCAAAGUACUAACAUGCCUUUGUAACCCUGCUCAAACAGGGGGGGAGGGAAGGUAAACCGUUUAUAAUUUUUUUCAAUGUUUACAUAAAAGCUGCCAAACUGGUAUCACAUGUAGUUGUACUUAGAAGUUAAUUUAUCCAUCACAAACGUAUUCUGGCAGCUAUGCUGUUUCCAAAUUUUAAAGUUUAUUCUUUUUAUAAAUAACAUUUAUCUUUCCGUAACCUUUUUCUAUAUUUGUAGGACUUUUUAGCAUUGUUCUAUUAACUUGAUCAGUUUUAGGUCUUUUAAUCUUUCUGUAUUUUUUUCAGUUUUUCUGACGCUUUUGAAAAAUCUAGAACUCUAAGAUGGUGCUAGCAUCCACGAUAGCAGCUAUUUUUAUAUUAUGACGCAGUUACCACGCGUAUGACGUCAUCAUCCCAUGUUUCUUACCUCAAAGGAAACUGUUUUGGAUGGACUAUGUGUUUUCUAAGUUUCUUCCAUCAUUGUUCACGCUUAAAUCCUAAUCUGUUCUUUAUGCGGAUCUUUUCUUACUGAAAAGAGCGAUUCAUUCUCCUUGUCAAUUCAACCACGUCAAGCCAAAGUUGUCUACGAGUUACAUGAAAUUCCAACAAAGCCCACCGAUCUUUUACGUCAGAAGAGUAAUUUCUUGAUCCGUGUUAUUAUUAUUGGUCAACUGAUCAAGCGAACGUGAAAAGAUAAGCACGAAACAUAAAGAUCUAAAGAGCAAUAACGCGCUAAAACCUUGAGACUGCUGCGAAAUAACCCUUAUUUGUUAUGGUUUAAUGAAAACGCCCGGACACCUCAAACCUUGUAAGUAAGUUGUAAGCAGUAAUGAAAAUCUUCAUUUCGAAUAAUUGUGUGUUUUGGAUACAAAUUGUGAACGUAAGCGUUUUUUCGUGACAUCGUUUGGCGCAGCUUUGAGACUAGCCUAGCUGAAGCUAAAGGCCGGCUUAAUUCGUUUAAGUGAUCCACGGUUUUUACAAUUCAAAUUGUCUUAACGACGUGUUAACUCAAUCCAUUACAAACACAGUCAGCCGCUUAUGUUGCCACGUAUUGCUUUGUUGCAACUUUUUAUUUUGUAACUUAGUUUGUUAGUCUCGCUUUAAAUGUUUGGAACACUUAACCCAGGGUGGUCCUUAGUCUUCAAGGUUCAUUCGGUCAGGCCUUUAGCUGAAUAGAAGGUUAGUAAUCUUAUCACAUUCGCAAGGAAGGAGAAAACGAUUGCUAUACAAAACUUUACUCGCCAGUAACGGUGGUUUAAACCUUGGCAGUCUUCAAAUAUCCUUUCGCUUUGUCUUGAGGGAAACUAAGAAUAUAUUUUUUCACGUCUGUCCAUUACUCGGACGACAUAAUACGAAAUAUCUACUUGCAGCUGUUUGAAUGAUUAGAAAAUGCAUUAGCAGGGUCGAAUGAAAUUUAGAAAUACGUCUUUAUGAUUUAAUUAAACGCUAAACUACAUGUAAUAGGAUUCAAAGAUUUGUCUUUUACAAGCAUACAGACAGUCAAAGGCGCAACGAUUAUUUAAGUUUCAGUACUAAUGGGAACUGAUACAACUUAUAAUUUUAAUUUUAAUGAAUUACAAAGAAAAAAAAAUUCGCACAACCUGAGCAAAUAUUGUCCAAUAUUCGGUAUGUUUAACUCUGUUGAUUUUGGUCGUGAUGUGAUUGGUGUUUGGCGUUCUUCUUAUUAUGUAGAGAUAAUGUAAGGAUGACAGAUUCGGCGCCGAUUAAUUUGCACGUAUUCAGUUCGAGAUUUUCUUCGCUAGCGUACUUUCAGUUAGUAACAUACAUUCAAACUUUUAAACGCCACGGACCCUCCCGGUAAGCAAACUCUAUACAGGGAAUAAUUAGAGGUGAGUGUACAGAUACAGUUUGUGUUUUCAUAUCGCAUGUAAACAGCAGGUAAAAAGAUUCUCAUUUUAGCAAUAUCUGUCAUAAAUUAAACGAGCUGUACAAAAUUCGCGCAAUUAAUGUGAAAACUUGUCUGAAAGACUUGUAUUUGCCUUUCCCUUUCAAAUUCGGUCCACUGUCCUUUUUAAUUUGCUUUACAUAUACCACAAGGGCACUGUAUGUUCUUUUAUAAGGAGAGUUUUCAAGUUUGAAUAGAGCCUUCCGGCCAGCUCGCUUGAGGAGCAAAUAUAAGUUUCUACUUGUUAGGCUUUUUUUAGAGUUCAGAAAUCGUCUGUACUGCCCCGGUCAACUUGUCUUAAUUCUUUAUUUCUUAAUGUCCUCUGAAAAGACUCAAUUUCAAUUACUCCUGUGGGUUGUUAAUUUCGUAUUUUUUGUCACAUCGGGUGAUUGCGUUUAGAUAUACCGGCCAUUUUUAUUACAUGCAGUGGAAAUAUCGUUCGUCGCUAAGGAUACCGAGCCGCUUUUUGUUUGACAAAAACAACUAUAGGAAAGGAAAGAAAGAGAAAAGAAAAAAAAAAAGGAUAAGAACCAUGUUCGUCUCUUUUGUACAGUUUGGUUAAAAAAUAAAUCCUUUAUGGAUAAAUAUUUUGCCAUGAGUUGAAAAUCAAUGUGCUCAAAGACAGAAAACCACCAAUCACAGUUCAGUAUAUCUUAAUUGGCCUUCGAGCUCUGGAUGAAUAAUAGAAUAUUUUCAAGAUGUUCUGGGCAAAAUGUUGUUGACAUUUCUUAAGGCAGAAGCAUUUUCACUGACUUGACUAUUGUGGCAUUAACGUAGAAUUGUAGUAACGAACUUAGUGAGUUGUACAUUCAGAUGUUAUUAUCUUUUUUACAGAAAUCAAAGCUACUUGAUUUCUGACUGGAAUUUUUCCUUGCCCCACUCAAACAGCUGUAUAUACAUAUCAACACACACAGCAUGACGCAUUGACUUCGAUGAAUAAACAAGAGCUCUCCAGACAGAAGGAUUCAAUCCAGAACUUCACCUCAAGAAGUCCCACGAUCUAGUUUUGGAUCACGAUCACGGUCCCGGUCACGCUGCCGAUCACGGGUUUGAUCACGAUCACAAUCUAGCCUUACAUCAGAAUUCAAGACGUUAAACUUGACAACGGGAAAAAUAUCAUGAAUUACCUCUCAGGGAACGGAGAAAAUACGACUGAGUCUGAUAACUAUACGCAUUCUGAAAAACCUAGCGGCUCCGUUCAAACGUCUGGCAUUUCUCAUGACUCAAUCCCUGCCAUUGUCUUCAUGGUCUUCAUUUUGGCGAUAAAUGGCUGUGUUAUUCUGCUCAUAACAUGUUACUCGUCCCUAAGAAAAACAAGCAAUAUCAUCCUGGCCAGUUUAGCAGUGUCAGACUUUCUGGUGGGAUUCGUUGGUAUUCCUCUCCUUGUGACCUGCAGUAGUGCUAUACAUCUAACUUUGGUAUGUAACAGUUCAAUCACAUUUUUCGAAUUUAUGGCCCUGUCUACCGUGCUACACAUCACCGUAAUGACCUGCGAUCGUUACAUUUACAUUAUGUGGGCCUUACGUUACCAUGAUAUUGUUCACCGCAGUAGAGUUUUAAUAGUCCUUGCAAUCACAUGGAUAAUUAGUCUUGGGCAGUCUCUAAUUCGCCUUUCGUGGACUUGGAAUGUCACUGUUAAAACAGCUGUUGAAGACUUGGCUCUGGUCCAAGAGAAGGAAACAAUAUACUUUGUAUUCAAUAUCGUAGUGUUCUUCGGUGUUGCUAUGAUUGUCAUGGCUGCCCUUGACGCGCACAUGUUGCUGUUGCUUCGAAGGCAGUGCAAGAGAAUUGCGCGGGAAAACGUGCCAGUGGAAUGCAUCAAACAUGAACAGAAGCUUCAAAAGAGGCAAAGAAGAGCUGUGUUGACAUGCGUGUUGCUUCUUAUCCUGUACGUCAUCUUCUGGCUUCCUUGUUUUGUUUUACAACUGUUUCAGCUUUAUCAUCCGCAACAUGUACCUUACUUCCUUCUCCUAACGAUAUAUUACCUCAGGCUUUGUACAUCGGUAUUUAACCCUCUUGCCUACUCCCUGAGAAAGCAUGAUUUAAAAAGAAAGCUUAAAUGUAUCAUUUUCAACUUAAUUCCACGUUCACGGCCGAACGUUUCCGAGAUUAGUACUGUACAGUCUCUUUGAACAGGUGAAUGUAAUUUUGAAGGAAUAUUUAAUUUAAUUUAUGGCGAUAGAUACAAAGAUUAACACAGAACGUCUGUUGGAAUAGAGACAAGCGACAAAGUA